AAGAACUUGCAGCAACCCUCUGAAUCCUACCUAAUUUCAGCCGACAGACUUGCACCAGAUAACCACGCUUCCGUCUGAUUUGAAAUGGAUGUCGAAUCAAAGAUCACGAAAGGUGCCUUGGACGCCGUCUUCAACGACCCCGAAGGUGCCAACGCGAAGUUCCCGGUCCCCGUUCUCCAGUGCCUGCAGAUCAAGCCCUUGGCUGCGCAAGCAGGAGGCGGUGCCGAGAGAUACCGUAUCGUGUUGAGUGAUGUCAACAACUACGUCCAGUGCAUGCUGGCGACGCAAGUGAACCAUGUCGUUCACGAGAACAAGCUGGUCAGAAAUUGCAUCGUGCGAAUCACUCAGUACCAGGCAAACUCUGUCAAGGGCAAGAAUAUCUUGAUCAUCCUUGGACUCGAGGUCAUUGAGCAGCUGGGCACACCAGACAAGAUUGGCGAGCCCCAGCCCUUCGAAGCAAAGCCUCCUGCAGCUGCAAACACUACCAUCGGCGGACAGAAUUUCUACGGUGUUAAACAAGAAGAGACAAAGCCUAAGCCCCAACAAUCGAUAUCCUCUCGCUCUGCCGGAGGAGCGACCGGCCAACACGGAAGCAGCAACAUCUACCCUAUCGAAGCUCUCUCCCCCUACGCUCACAAGUGGACCAUCAAGGCUCGUGUCACACAAAAGUCUGAUAUUCGGACAUGGCACAAGCCCAGUGGCGAAGGCAAGCUCUUCAGUGUUAACCUGCUUGAUGAGAGUGGAGAGAUCAAGGCCACCGGCUUCAACGAGCAGGUCGACCAGUACUACGAUAUGCUCCAGGAGGGAGGCGUUUACUAUAUCUCCAGCCCCUGCAAGGUCCAACUGGCCAAGAAGCAGUUCACAAACCUGCCGAACGACUACGAGCUCACUUUUGAGCGCGAUACCGUGAUCGAGAAGGCUGAGGAUCAGAGUAGCGUGCCUCAGGUACGGUUCAACUUCUGCAACAUACAAGAGCUUCAGGAGGUUGAGAAGGAUGCGACUGUGGAUAUUAUUGGUGUUCUCAAGGAUGUUGAUGAGGUGUCUCAAAUCGUGUCCAAGUCGACAGGCAAGCCUUAUGAGAAGCGUGAGCUCACACUGGUGGAUGACACAAAUUACUCUGUUCGUGUCACCAUCUGGGGCAAGAGCGCCACUAACUUUGACGCCAAGCCCGAGUCUGUGGUGGCCUUUAAGGGUACAAAAGUAUCAGACUUUGGUGGUCGUAGUCUCAGUCUGCUCUCUUCGGGCACGAUGUCUAUCGACCCAGAUAUUCCUGAUGCUCACCGCUUGAAGGGCUGGUAUGACUCAUCUGGCCGCAACGAUACGUUCAGCAGCCACAACAACAUGGUUAGCAUGGGCAACGCCACUGGUCGCAAGGACCAGGACAAGUCCAUCCUCCAGGUGAAGGAGGAAAACCUCGGCAUGGAGCAACAGGACUACUUCAACCUUAAGGCCACCAUCGUCUACAUCAAACAGGACAACUUCGCUUACCCUGCGUGCAUGAACGAGGGGUGCAGCAAGAAGGUCACUGAUAUGGGCGACGGCACCUGGCGUUGCGAAAAGUGCGACGUGUCCCACCCCAAGCCCGAGUACCGUUACAUCAUGUCAGUCAACGUGUGCGACCACACCAACCAGCUGUGGCUAAGCUGCUUUGACGAUGUCGGCCGCGUCAUUAUGGGCAUGUCGGCUGAUCAGCUCAUGGCCCUGCGGGAGGAGGACGAGACAAAGAUGGCCCAGGCCUUCGAGGAAGCGAACUGCCGCAAGCUGAACUUCCGAUGCCGUGCAAAGAUGGACACCUUCGGCGACUCACAGAGAAUACGCUAUCAAGUCAUGGGCGCAAGUCCGAUCGACUACAAGGCCGAGGGAGCCAAGCUCGCGGAGCUCAUCAAGCAGUUCGGCAUCAGCUCGUAGAACAGUGGUGUACGUGUAUUGUACGGGAAGGAAAUAACCAUAUUGCCAGCGUGAAAGUCACGCUCACAGGCGGAGAAUGAAAGGAAAAGGAUGGGAUGGGGACAGGUGGGUAGAAUAUGAUGAGCUACGAGGCAAGAGACCGGCGGUCACACAAAUAUCAAAUGUUAUACUUCAGCUGGGAAAGUACUAAUGGCGGACGAGAACACCAUUCUUCUCUGACCUUCUAUAGUUUCGAGUCGUACAAACUCGAGCUCGCCCUGAUGUGAUGCUAAUGAUGAUGCCUCAUUUCAGUAAGCAUUUGAUUUCCCUGUUGAGCCUAAUCUCGUAACGCCGGCCUGAUGCCCACCACCUGUCGUCUCUCAAAGCCAUGCCGAAUGUAACAACCCUCGUGGCGUCGCAGUAUCUACG